AUGUCAGAAGUUUGCUUCUACUCAAAAUCUGAUGAAACAUCGAAUAUUACACGGUACAUAAAUCAAUUUUUACCUAGUAUUAAUCAUCAACAUCAAUUAAAGGAAACUAAUAAAAUGUAUGAUCAGACACUAUGGGUUUUAUCUAAUCUACAAAAGAAUGAUACUGUUAAAAGUAUAGACAUUAACAGUAAUGAAAACAAUAUACAUAUCAUAGAAUCUCAUAUUGACAGUAAUUCAUCUGUAUCAACAAGUCAGUUGAAACAUGUAGCUCAAAUAACUAAAAUUAAAACCAGACUAAAAUCCAAUGAACAUUUAACUUCACCAAUUAGUGGCGUCUGUAUUCUACCCCCAGAUAAUGAAUUAAAUGAAACAGAAAAAUUAACACGAAAUUGUUAUACGUCUAAAAGUAAUCCAAAUAAAGAUAUUUUUUCUGUUAUUCGUUCAUCAAAAGCAAUAAAAAUGUUAUCUAAAAUACCAAAUCAUAUUGGAGAAUAUAUAUGUCAAUUAUGUUUUAGCUGGUUUCCAGAUGCAUUUAGCUUAGCUGAACAUCCAUGUUCAUGCAUGGCUAAUCUAUCUUAUCCAUGUGAAAUCUGUGGUAAAGUGUUCAACUGUCCAGCUAAUUUAGCAUCACACCAACGAUGGCACAGACCUCGGAUAACUAAUCAUAAAAGCACCAACAAGAAUGAAAAUAAUAGUCAAAUCAACAAACAGAAAAUACACAACAGAAAUAAAAGCGUGACUACUUCAUAUAAUUAUCAUGUUGACAGUUUACUAAAGCAAAAUUCUACAUCAAGUGAAUCAGAUAGACAGAAUACACUAGCUUACUCGGAACACAUCAACCAUAUGUUUAGAACAAGUAAAAAUUAUAGAGUAAGCCAUGAAGAGAAGAUGAAUGACAAAAUGACUGAAGAACAACAACUAUACAAUGAACCUGGAGUGAAAUCAAUCAUUUCUAAUGGCUACAAAGUGAUAGGAAUGAAUACCAAUAAAACUGUGCACACACCUACAACUUCUAACUCAGUUUCAUCAUUCAGUGCAACAUGCACUAAUAAACAGAUUGAUCCUUUUUCAGUCGAAGCACUUUUAGCCUAACUUUACCCGAAACUGUACACUAUCGUUUACGAGGAUUUUUACUGAACGGGGAAACUAUCGAGGAGAUGAACCAAAGGAGAGAUAGAACUCAGAGGAAAUUUUCGAUUGUGUACACUAUUCUGCAGUUCUAUCUACCUUUAUCAUUUCUAACUUUCAAUUUAAGACUUCAAUGUACAUAACUUUUAUCCUGA